UAUGUUCCUCACCCAGUUCCUGUAACAAACACACACACGGACUGUUUGCUACCGAGCCCCCAACCAACACUGCCCAGCACUGGCACCCAGCCACCCCGACUUCACCCUCCUCACCCCUCCUCCCAGUCUGCGAUAAAGUCCCUGAUAGCAGCAGCAGCAGCAGCCGCUCCGUCUGCGGCUAUAAAACACAACAAAUCAUAAAGUGCAGCAGGGAAGGCAGAGGAAGGAGGACGGGAGGAACCGUUAGCCUCGGUCCACUCCUCCUUCUUCUUCUUCAUCGCGUUAUCACUGUUGUUGUGUUUGUUAGUGCCCUCCUGUACUCCCCUCUCCUCUUCUUCUCCUCCUUCUUCUCCUUCCCACUUUUUUUUUUUUUUUUCUUACCAAUGAGUUCCUAUUUUGUAAACUCGUCGUUCCCGGUAAUACCGGGAACGACUGGAGGAGGCCAAGCGGCGUCGGCAGAGCCCUUCCUCGGUCAGAUCUCCCUGUAUUCAUCGGGAUACGCCGACCACCCCCUCCGACACUACCAGGGGGCGGCGGCGGUGACUGCGGCCGCGGCGGUGGCGUACAGUGCUCACCAGGAGAAGCCUUACCCAGCCUCCACCUUCUACCAGCAGGCUGCGAACGGAGCGUACGGUGGGCACCGGGCGGCUGGCUUGGCGGUUGGGGGCGCUAACGGACCCAGUGCAUGCGACUACGCCACAGCGGCAGCCGCGGCUGCGACGGCGGCCACGAACUUCUACCGAGACAAGGAACAUCCGUGCGGUCUGGACGAACACCAGCUCGUCCUGAGUCAGGACGGCAUGCACCGCAAAGUGGAGUGCGCCGGUCUUGGAGGAAAGGGACUCUUUGGAGAAGCGAUGGAUGACAAACAAACGGUGCCAACUCCCAUUUAUCCGUGGAUGCAGCGGAUGAACGCGUGUAACGGGACCUUCGGCAGCCCGGGGAGACGCGGCCGGCAGACCUACACGCGCUACCAAACCCUGGAGCUGGAGAAGGAGUUCCACUUUAACCGGUACCUCACGCGGCGACGGCGCAUCGAAAUUGCGCACGCGCUCUGCCUCACGGAGCGCCAGAUUAAAAUCUGGUUCCAGAACCGGAGGAUGAAGUGGAAGAAGGAGAACAAGCUGAUUAACUCAUCGUCUUCCUCCUCCUCCACGGUAAACGGUACAGAGGAGGAAGAGAAACGGACGGAGUGAAAGCGAAGAGAUGACGAAGACAUUUAAAAAAGAGGAGAAGGAUGAAAGGAAAUCCAUGCUGGUUAUUCCAAAUCUGGUUGAUAGGUGUGGACGUGUCGUGAGCCCACUGCUUCUUUCAUUUCCGUGUAGGAGGAACUGAGAUGCUUUUCUCCUUCACUUCUCUCCAGGGUCCGGGUCUCCUAAAACUCACUAUUGACUUAUAUUUAAAUGUUUUUUUAUUCCCAAAACAUUUAAAAGAGAAAAUGCAUUCUCAUAAACCAUAAAUGCUAAUUAUGCGGAGGAAUAAAACUUGAUAAAAGCAAAGAAAAUUUGAAAGAAAUAGACAUAAAAGUGUGUAUGUAUGUGUAUAAAAAUUGGCCUGUUUUUUUUUGUAAAUUCUGAACAAUAAUAAAGUUUCAGGAUGUGUAUUUUUAUCCUGAAAGGCGCAGAUCGCAUAUGAAGGUUAUAAGACGCUCAGAAACUAGAGCUCAUUUACAGCAUUCCAACGUAACUACCUAAAUUCUUACUGAAGCUGUUUUGUUUGUAUGAUUUUUAAGUAUUUUUUAGGCACUUGCUUUGAAGGAAACACUUCCUCGUUUUUUUGUUUCUUUCUUGUUUUUGUUAUAAUGAGUUGUAGGCCUAUCUUGUGUUCCUCACAUACCAAACCAACAGGGGAGGGAAGGGGAGUGGGUUCGCUGUACAUAUUGUAGCUAAAAUACAGAUUUAGAUAAAGGGAAAAAAUCAUUUGUAAUGUGAAAAUAUGUUUCUGUUUUAAAGGGUCUUAAAUGUUGUUUUUAGCUCUUAUUUUCCCACUUAGAUCUAAAGAAAAGCGCGUUGAGGUGUUGACCUACUGAUGUUCUCCAAACUACCCAAACACCUUAAGAAGAGUGUACAUUUGAUGGAAUUUGUAGGUUUAUUUUAGUGGGUUUUUUUGUUUUCUUUUUGUCCAGUACGUAUACUACCUAUGAGAAAUGUACAAUAAACUUUA